ACACACACACCAACUAGAGAGAAAUGGGAAGGCCUCCUUGUUGUGACAAAAUAGGUAUAAAGAAAGGUCCUUGGACUCCUGAAGAAGAUAUUGUUUUGGUCUCUUAUAUUCAAGAACAUGGUCCUGGAAAUUGGAGAUCAGUCCCUACUAAUACUGGGUUGAUGAGGUGCAGCAAAAGUUGCAGGCUAAGGUGGACAAAUUACUUGAGGCCAGGAAUCAAAAGGGGUAAUUUUACUCCACAUGAAGAAGGAAUGAUUGUCCAUCUUCAAGCUUUAUUGGGUAACAAAUGGGCAGCCAUAGCAUCAUAUCUUCCACAAAGGACAGACAAUGACAUAAAGAACUAUUGGAACACUCAUCUAAAGAAAAAGCUCAAGAAAUUCCAAACAGGUUUGGAUUCACAUUUGAGUUCUCCUCCAGAAGAUUCUAACACUUGUGAUCAUUUCUCAUGGAAUUUCAUAAGUGACAAUAAUAAGCAAGGCUCAAAGUUAUUACUACAACAAAACCACAACUCUCCAAAUUCUUCCUCUUCCUUGUAUGCUUCAAGUACUGAGAAUAUUUCAAGACUUUUAGAAGGUUGGAUGAGAUCUUCUCCACAUCCUUCUACAAAAGUUGAUGAAAUGACCUUGCAUGAAAAUAAACAUAACCAAGAUGAUCAAGACCUAUUUAAAUGCCGUGAAACUUCUCUGGUUAAGGAUGAAGGAAUUAGCAACAGUACUAAAACAAUUCCAAGAGAAUACAAGUCUGUUAUUUCAGCUUGUGAAAGCAGUGGAGUUGCUGAAAAGACAAUGAAUACUAAUACUCCUCCUCCAUUCACAUAUCUUGAAAAGUGGUUGCUAGAAGAAAAUGCUGGUCAAGUUGAAGAACUUAUGGAACUUCCUAUGAUAUUCACUUAAUAAUAUUUUCUCUUUUGUAACUUAA